GGGCCUCCGAGGCCCGGCACACGCCCCAGCCGAGCGAAGAUGGUGGGCCGGAACAGUGCCAUCGCCGCGGGCGUGUGCGGUGCCCUCUUCAUCGGGUACUGCAUCUACUUUGACCGCAAAAGGCGGAGUGACCCCAACUUCAAGAACAGGCUUCGAGAACGAAGAAAGAAACAGAAACUUGCUAAGGAAAGAGCUGGGCUUUCCAAGUUGCCUGAUUUAAAAGAUGCUGAAGCUGUUCAAAAAUUCUUUCUUGAAGAGAUACAGCUUGGUGAAGAGUUGCUAGCACAAGGUGAAUAUGAGAAGGGUGUAGACCACCUGACAAAUGCAAUUGCUGUGUGUGGACAGCCUCAGCAGCUGCUGCAAGUGUUACAGCAGACUCUUCCGCCGCCAGUGUUCCAGAUGCUUCUGACCAAGCUUCCAACCAUUAGUCAGAGAAUUGUAAGUGCUCAGAGCUUGGCUGAAGAUGAUGUGGAAUGAGCCAGAUAUCAACACGAUAAAAUCUCAGUUAAAAAUGAUUUAACCAUUAGCUUGGAAGCUGAUCGGCUCUGGGGGAAUAAGGACAAAUAUGCUUGUCAUGAACUGUCCUACACUGAAGUCUACCAAAGUGAAUGUGUACUUUGAGUAGAUCCAUUGUCUGUUCUAUUUAUUUUUUCCAGUGAAAAGUAUUUUGAUA